AAACCGACCAGGCACCGUACCACCUCCUAUCGAUAGCCACGCUGUGUGGCACACGGCUCAUGCAGUGCUGUGAUACAUCCCUAAAUAUAUGCUAGAUCAUUCAAUGCAGAUGUUGCUGCUUGGUCCGCGAUACAGGGCAGAUCCUUGCGAUGCCUCCAGGAUGACGACCAGGUGCCUUCAGCCGUUGUUUUCCUUAAUCUCUUCGCUUCCCUGGAACCUGCAGCAAUAUCACUGCCUGGAGAUAAGACAUGAUGCCGUGGCUUUGGGUCUGCGCAAGCCCAGGACGUUCGUUGCCGCCGUGGCGAGGAGAUUGUUGUGGUGAAAACGGAAAAUGCGAUCAAAAAAUACAGAAGCCUCCUGAUAAGCACCCUUGCCGGUCGAGUUCACUGCCUGAGACAUAUGCAGGACCAGACCGAAACAGGUGCUUGCUCGUUGAGUAAUGCUCGCCGCAUCUUCGUAUCGCUAAUCUUGCACUUGCUUCUAUAUUUGCCAUUGGUGUUGUGCUUUUUGGGCCGGGAUGUUACAACUUCUUUGGUUGAUCUCGAUCUCUGAAAGAGGGUACGGCCUUGUCCACUGUUAUUUUUCCUGCACGCUGUUAGCUAUUAGAUAUCCUCUUUUGACAGCUCCUCGCUAUGGCGCAGUAUCAGCGUCCUCGCAAUCUUGCUCAAGUUGAUUCCUCUCUGCACGUUGAACACGGUUCUCCGCUGGCCUCACCAAACUCCGCCAUGGCCUCCAGCGUGCCCAAAGCAGAGAAACCUGCCAAUCCCUUUCUGACGCCAUAUGCCUCUGAGCACCCAUCGAGGACUGCAUCAUCAGCCAUGUUGCACCAAGAUAUGCUCACUCACCGAUAUUUUCAUUCUCGAAGGGUCAAAAAGGGUGAAGUGGAACGACCAUGGACCAAGAUCAAAGACCCCAAGGAGAAGUGGGUGACCAUAAUCCCUAUGAUUGGACUGCUUGUCGGUCUAGGCAUCGCGGGCUUUCUUGUCUGGGAUGGACUGCGAACCGUCGUCAAUCACAAAUAUUGUCCAGUGUAUCUGGAGGACUUUUCAAAUGGCCUGGACUCAAAAGUCUGGACAAAAGAGGCAGAGGUGGGCGGCUUUGGUAAUGGUCAGUUUGAACAGACCACCGUCACCGACGAGAACGUGUUUGUGCAAGACGGAAUGCUGCAUAUCAAGCCCACAUUGCAGGACCCGAAAUUGAUUGAGACAAACAACGUCAUCAACCUGUCAGCCCAAGGUAUUUGCUCAUCCUCCACUUGGAGCGAUUGCAUCACUGGCACCAACACCACAAACGGCACAAUUGUCAAUCCUGUCAAGUCCGGACGCAUCAACACCAGGAAAGGUGCAUCCAUCAAAUAUGGUCGAAUUGAGGUCGAAGCCAAACUGCCUGAAGGUGAUUGGCUUUGGCCUGCCAUAUGGCUCCUUCCCGUGGAAAACAAAUACGGACAAUGGCCACAAUCUGGCGAGAUCGAUAUAGUCGAGUCUCGAGGGAACAACCAUAGCUAUCCUCAAGGGGGCAAUGACAUUGUCUCAAGCACCUUGCACUGGGGCCCCAACUCCGCCAACGACGCUUGGUGGAAGACAAAUGUCAAGAGAAACGCCCUGCAUACAACCUUUUCAAAAAAGUUCCACACGUUUGGCCUCGAAUGGUCGGAAAAAUACCUUUUCACCUACAUCGACACUCGGCUGUUACAAGUGCUGUAUACCAACUUCAAUGAGCCCCUAUGGCAACGAGGCCAUUUUCCGCUUUCCGACAGUAACGGUACACGGUUAGUGGACCCUUGGUCGCAGACAGGCGUUGCUUCCACGCCGUUUGACCAAGAUUUCUACCUGAUCUUGAACGUUGCUGUUGGUGGGACAAACGGUUGGUUUCAAGACGGUAAGAACGGAAAGCCAUGGGUUGAUGCCAGUCCAACAGCGAAGAAGGACUUUUGGGAUGCCAAAGAUUCAUGGUACCCCACGUGGAAGGACCGCGGCGAGAUGGUGGUCAAGAGUGUCAAGAUGUGGCAGCAGCAGGGAUACAAGGGUUGCUGAUCGUGUCAUUCAGCAACUCGCUGCAACCCUUUGUAUGAUAAAGCUUCUGGGUCGUGUUGUGGGCUGCAGUUGCAAGUCUGUCUUUUCUUGAUGCGGGGGUGAACUCAUAAUAUAAUGCUAGGGAGUUGUUAGAAUCUGGAUAGAAGACUAAGUUUGUACUUGCUCCUGUUAAGGGAUAACAUCUCGGUCAGGCGCGCAGCGAGUA